AUGUCACCGUCACUGGCAUGCUUGCAUGAUAAGGUUGUCAUGUCCCCGACACUGGCAUGCUUGCAUGAUAAGGUUGUCAUGUCCCCGACACUGGCAUGCUUGCAUGAUAAGGUUGUCAUGUCACCGUCACUGGCAUGCUUGCAUGAUAAGGUUGUCAUGUCACCAUCACUGGCAUGCUUGCAUGAUAAGGUUGUCAUGUCACCGUCACUGGCAUGCUUGCAUGAUAAGGUUGUCAUGUCACCAUCACUGGCAUGCUUGCAUGAUAAGGUUGUCAUGUCACCAUCACUGGCAUGCUUGCAUGAUAAGGUUGUCAUGUCCCCGACACUGGCAUGCUUGCAUGAUAAGGUUGUCAUGUCCCCGACACUGGCAUGCUUGCAUGAUAAGGUUGUCAUGUCCCCAACACUGGCAUGCUUGCAUGAUAAGGUUGUCAUGUCCCCGACACUGGCAUGCUUGCAUGCUAAGGUUGUCAUGUCCCCGACACUGGCAUGCUUGCAUGAUAAGGUUGUCAUGUCCCCGACACUGGCAUGCUUGCAUGACAAGGUUGUCAUGUCCCCGACACUGGCAUGCUUGCAUGACAAGGUUGUCAUGUCCCCGACACUGGCAUGCUUGCAUGACAAGGUUGUCAUGUCCCCGACACUGGCAUGCUUGCAUGAUAAGGUUGUCAUGUCCCCGACACUGGCAUGCUUGCAUGAUAAGGUUGUCAUGUCACCGUCACUGGCAUGCUUGUAUGACAAGGUUGUCAUGUCACCGACACUGGCAUGCUUGCAUGAUAAGGUUGUCAUGUCACCGUCACUUUCAUGCUUGCAUGAUAAGGUUGUCAUGUCCCCGACACUGGCAUGCUUGCAUGAUAAGGUUGUCAUGUCACCGUCACUGGCAUGCUUGCAUGAUAAGCCCACCUCCCCCGUCACGACCCAUCCAGCCCACCUCCCCCGUCACGGCCCACCCAGCCCACCUCCCCCGUCACGACCCACCCAGCCCACCUCCCCCGUCACGGCCCACCCAGCCCACCUCCCCCGUCACGGCCCACCCAGCCCACCUCCCCCGUCACGACCCACCCAGCCCACCUCCCUCGUCACGGCCCACCCAGCCCACCUCCCCCGUCACGGCCCACCCAGCCCACCUCCCCCGUCACGACCCACCCAGCCCACCUCCCCCGUCACGGCCCACCCAGCCCACCUCCCCCGUCACGACCCACCUAGUCCACCUCCCCCGUCACGACCCAUCCAGCCCACCUCCUACGUCACGGCCCACCCAGCCCACCUCCCCCGUCACGACCCACCCAGCCCACCACCCCCGUCACGGCCCACCCAGCCCACCUCCCCCGUCACGGCCCACCCUGCCCACCACCCCCGUCCCGGCCCACCCAGCCCACCUCCCUCGUCACGGCCCACCCAGCCCACCUCCCCCGUCACGACCCACCCAGCCCACCACCCCCGUCACGGCCCACCUCCCCGGUCACGGCCCACCCAUCCCACCUCCUUCGUCACGUCCCACCUAGCCCACCACCCCCGUCACGGCCCACCCAGCCCACCUCCCUCGUCCCGGCCCACCCAGCCCACCACCCCCGUCACGGCCCACCUCCCCCGUCACGGCCCACCCAGCCCACCUCCCCCGUCACGGCCCACCCAGCCCACCACCCCCGUCACGGCCCACCCAGCCCACCACCCCCUUCACGGCCCACCCAGCCCACCUCCCCCGUCACGGCCCACCCAGCCCACCUCCCCCGUCACGGCCCACCCAGCCCACCACCCCCGUCACGGCCCACCUCCCCCGUCACGACCCACCUAG